UCCCGCGGCGCGUGACAUAUCGCCGACGCUCGGCGCGCUCCAGCGGACCAAUGGCGGCCGCCCGCGGCGCGCGGGGUGCCGGGAUGGGGUCCGCCCGCGGCGUGGGGCCCGCUCGCCAGCCCAGGGGUCGCCAUGACUGAGCGGCCCAGGCCCGAGCGAAGCCCGCGCGCGGUCACAUGGGAUCCUGACACCAUUUGGAGAUUCAGAGAAGUAUGAAGAGCACAAAGCACUUGGCUGCCCUCCCGUGGGCCUCUUCCCAGCACUCCCUUUCUAUGACACUCAUGCAUCAUCCUGCAUCCCACGUUCCCUAUGCCUCAUGUCAUCUGUACAUCAUGUGUCUACUCCCCAUGGUCAUGUCAUGGUGUUGUGUACUGGACACAGUUGAAUACUCCCGUCACAUGAUGGGGAAGGCCCCUGAUUGCUGACUCUGCCCGCCUGCCACACUGGCUGUGUCCGGAGCCACUCGGGAUCCAGUCCACACACACCCCUCAGACAGGCCCUGUGGCCAGAGAAAUGCUCCCACGGCCCAAAGCCCCUGCCUCCCCCAGACGCCCCCAGACCCCAACCCUGAGUGAGCAGGACGCGGACCCUGGGCCAGCAAGCCCCAGAGACAACGAAGCCCAGCGUCUGCGCUUCCGGCAGUUCCAGUACCACGUGGCGGGCGGGCCUCACCUCGCGCUGGGUCAGCUCUGGACGCUGUGCCGCCAGUGGCUGAGGCCCGAGGCGCGCUCCAAGGAGCAGAUGCUGGAGCUGCUGGUGCUGGAGCAGUUCCUGGGCGCGCUGCCCAGCAAGAUGCGGACCUGGGUGCAGUCACAGGGCCCCCGAAGCUGCAGGGAGGCCGCCAGCCUGGUGGAGGACCUGACACAGAUGUGCCAGCAGGAAGUUCUGGUAUCUCUGGACUCGGUCGAACACCAGGACUGGAGUUUCGGUGAGGAGGAAGAUGGGAAGAGUCCAAGGUCCCAGAGAGAACCAUCCCAGGCGUCUGAGCUGAUUCUGGAUGCAGCGGCAGCAGCCCCGGCACUCCCUGAGGAAAGUGAGUGGCUGGAGCCCACCCAGCUCCUGCAGAGUCUGCACACCAGGGCGGAGGCCGAGGCGCCCCAUGCCCCUGGCUUGCUGGGGUCCCGGGCCCGCCUGUCUCUGAAGCCAUGUAUCUGGGACGAGCCUGAGGAUCUUCUUGCAGGGCCCUCCUCAGACCUGCGUGCAGAAGGGGCUGUGAUCUCAAGCCUCAAGGGUCCGAGUGCUCAGAGAAUCAGUCCCCGAAGGAGAAACAGGAACACUGACCAGAGCGUCCGCCACCAGCCAUCCCUCAAGCACACCAAAGGUGGCACCCAAGAGGCUGCUGCAGCGGUCUCAGCAACGCUGCGUGGGCCCCGAGGUGGGCGGCCCUUCCAGUGUGCCGACUGCGGGAUGGUCUUCACCUGGGUCACCCACUUCAUCGAGCACCAGAAGACCCAUCGCGAGGAAGGGCCCUUUCCGUGCCCCGAGUGUGGCAGGGUCUUCCUGCACAGCUCUGUCCUUGCUGAGCACGGCAAGAUCCACCUGUUGGAGCCACCCAGGAAGAAAGUCCCCCGGAGCAAGGGCCCCCGGGAGUCCGCCCCACCCAGGGAUGGAGCCCAAGGCUCAGUGGCCCCUCGCAGCCCCAAGAGACCCUUCCAGUGUAGCGUCUGCGGGAAGGCCUUCCCCUGGAUGGUCCACCUCAUCGACCAUCAGAAACUCCACACAGCCCACGGCCACAUGUGAAUGGCCAGCCUCGGGCCUUGGCCACCCGGCCCUGAGUCCCCGGGGGGCACCGAUGGGCACCAGAAGAUGGGGGACAUCCCCCAGCCCCACCAACCCCUGGCCACCAUGGGACUCCUCUUGAAGGACACAGGCUGCUUCUCAGAAGAUCCUGGACACCUGCUCCAGAGCCGAGCAUGGCUUCCCAGGAUCUCGGCCAAGAAGCAGCAGUUCCACAGCAAAACCUGGUCAGUCCUGCACACUGUGUUUUGCAAGUGGCUUGAAGAGGAGUUUCAUUCGCGUCUCGUCUUUCAGAAGCCUUGUCCAGGUCUCCCUGUGAGCACCUGACUCAGGGGCAGACUCUGCCGCUGGGUUUUCAUUUCACUGUGGAUAUCCCUGAGGCCAUGAGGGCGGGAGCUGGCCUGGGCAGCUCCAACUCCAGAGAAGGGUACAGCUGACCCCGGCUGCCCUCCUGCCAGCUCAGCCCCCUUGGAACCUAACAGAUAAACAGGGUUUUGUUUUUUUUCCUUUUUUGGGAAACAUAAAAUUUACCAUUUCAGUCAUUAAAAAUGCACAGUUCAGUGGCAUUAAACACAUUCACAACACUGUGCAACUACCAGCACUCUUUAGCUCCAAAGACAUUUUCAUCUCGCCCAGAAAGAGAGCCCACAGGCCUCAGCACGCCUUCGCCGUUCCGUCUGCCCUGACAACCAGAAUCUGCUUCCUGUCUCUAAGGAUUUCAGGCGCAGUCUUUAGGCCUGACCAAAACUGACCUGCCUAUAUUUUGUUUGACUUACAGAAGGAGUUUUUUUUUGAGAUGGAUGCCAACAUUUGUUUAAACCAUAAAAAUCUGGCAUUCUGGUCUGCCAGGAAGAACCAGAUGGUCUCCAAAGAGUGGGGCCGCCUCUCCUGCUAGACUGGAGCAGAGGUGGGCAGGCGGUGAGGUCACAGCAGGGAGCCAGCCUCAGAUUCAGCGUCUCGCCCAUCCCCAACUCAUUGUUGCUGGACACUUGUCCUCUUUCAAGCCUUAAAAGUUUUUGUCUUUUUCUUUUUCUCCUCCCAACUUCACUUUGAAACACAGUGUUGGGCUGACUGUGAAUCUGCACAGGCAGACAUUUUUCCAAGUCGCCUUCUAACUCAAAAGCCUUUGGACCUACCCACGUCACAUCCGCCUGCUGCUGAUUCUCAACCAAUCUGCCCCCACUCUCGGCCUCUGUCCCCGACGGCCCUCACAGGCUGUGCAGGUCCCACGGACCCGCCGCUGCCUUCACUUCAUCCUCGCUGCCGUGCUUGCCUUCUCGCGCUUGCCUUCUGGAGCGCCCCCAACCGGGCCUCUGGACUUUGCUUCCCCGGCUCCCUCCGGCAUCCCCAGCUUUUCCCUGCAGUCCCCACUGGGGGCUCCUGGCUCUAUCCUAUGCCUUAAUUGCUGAUGGGCUCCAGCUCCCCUCCUGGGGCCUUCUCUCUCAUCCUGCAAAGGAGGAGCUUCUUCUACCGAGCUCAGGAUGGAGGGUGGGGUCUUGGCCCCGCAGUCAGCCCAUUACUCUCGGAAGCCCCCCUGAGCCUUCUCUCAGGGGCAGAUCGAUCAUCUCGCACAAUGGGAUAUGUAGAGAUAGCUCUCCCGAGUGCCCCCACUUGUUGGGAGCCAGGGGCUCAUUCCAUGCAGUUUCCAUCUCGGUCUCCACCUGCUGGAGGCACAAUCACAGCUGUUUGUUGGUGCCAGAAUUGCACAAGAAAGUGGGUGCCAUUGAACACAGGGCAUCAGUCAGGCUCAAGUCUACCUGGGCUGGCCCCACAGACAUCCAUCUUGUGUCCCUCAGUCCUCCAAUUGAGUUUGUCCAAAUAACUCAUCUUCCCUUGUGCAAAAACAACAAAAAACAUGCAAACUGCCUCCCCUCUGGGGUUCCCACUCUCCUCAGAGGGACCACCACCUUCCAAGGCCCCAGAAGGAUUUUUGAUUGCCCUGGGAACCCACCUCCCAACCCCUCUGAGUUCUCUUUUCUCCUCUGCACCAUCAGCCCCAGGCUCUCUCCCCAUUUCUUGAAUGCCUGCAGCUGCCUCUAAGCAAACUCUGCCUCCAGCCCCUUCCCUCUGCCCCAUCCCCAUCCUGCAGCCAACAGGGUCCCUCUAAAAUGCAGACACUGAAAAGACAAACCCCAGCAGGGCAGCUCCAUCGUGUCUUUUGUGGCCCUGCUGCCUCCACAGCUCCCAGCACUGGGAUGGUGGAGGCUGGUGUCCUUAACUCACUGUGUCUCUGCCUAACUCCACACUGCCUCUCACCUUGGCCUCCUCCUGUGCCUAGAACAGUCUCCACUGCCACACUUGACCACACUCAGCAUACAACAGGCCCUGCAGAGUGAAGUGAUGACUCAAUGAGUGAGGGGAAGUCCCUGUGGAGAUAACUGAGACACUGUUGUGGGCUGCAGUUUCCAGCCGGGGAAGCCUCCCUCAACCUCUGAGGGGAGGUGGGCCACCCCUGGAGGGCCACUCUCACGCACUCCACCUUAGCUGACAGAAGCAAGGACGUGGCCCAGGGUCCUGGAGCAGUUGUGGCAGCUGCCGCAACUCUCGAAAGCCACCACGUGGUGUUCUUCGCCCAACUUGCCCAGUCCCAAGACCCUGCCUGAGCUGCAGUGAGACACAAAGCUAGCCUCUCUCUUCUCUUUAGGUUCACCCCAGCUGUGGAAGCCCCAGCACCUCAGCACGCCUCCCUCACCCUGUGCCUUCCUCUGCCAGCACUCCCCAAAGACCCCAACACCCCCAUCAUAAUGUGCCCCAGUCUCCCGUCCUCCAGCCCUUGUCACAGGAGCUGUGAGCCCAGCCCUGGGCACUUAAUGCUCUGGAAGACUAGAGUCUCACAGGUCACCUUUCUCCCUGGCAGCCAGGGUCUCUUGGGUCAGAGGAGGGCUGGACACUGCUAGGUUUUGAAGCUCUCAAAAAAAAAUUUUUUUUUAAGGGAGAAAUAUGUCCAGGGAACUGUAACUGUCACAGUAUAUUUUAAAUGUAUAUGUUGAACAGAUUAGCUUUUUAAACAUUAACAUACAGCAUGACACAGUUCUGCUAUCCAUGCUGUGAUUGCAGGAUUGCUUGGAAGCUGCACUGAUGUGCAGCCCACCUGCUCAUGGUGGGGGUUCCUGUCCCAGGCCACACAGAGAGGCAACCAGCAAUGCUCUGCUUGGAGAUUCGGACAGGAAGCCAAGAAGGAGCUGAGAAGGGCCCAGCCAGUGGUUAUGAAAGAGCAGGAGGUUCAGACCACAGCAAGGGCGGCACCGGAGUAGCCUCCAGCUCGUCUUAUUUGACUGGUAGUGUUAUUAAAGCCUUUGAAAUCCCUACCAGCUUUUAAAAAUCAAGAGAUUUCACACAGAAAUCACGAUCUCUGGGUUCUUUUGAGAAAUCCAGACCUGGGACGCUGGGCUUACCAGUCUGCAAGACCCCACUUGGCUGGAGCCAAGCAGCACCUGCCCCUGUAGAAAGAGCCCGCCCCUGCUGGCAUGUACGGUUUAGAAACCUGGCUGAGAAAAACCGAGGAUCAGAAGGUCUGAGGAAGGAAACAGAGGGGCAAGUGUGAGGGAGCUGGGCAGGGCCGCCUGGCCACCAUCAGGGCUGAGCAAGCUCAGUGUGGCACCACCGACAGCGUCUCACCAGGACUAUCAGACCGCUUGGGAAAAAGACUUCACCAUAAGUUGUGUGUUCAUACCUUUUGAUCCAGUAAAAGGAAACGGGUGGAGGAGGUGGGGUGGGGGCAGGGGACAAAAGAGUAUACAUUUUGUGAAAGAAAAACAUAGACACACAAAAUGUUUUGUGGCAUUUGGGUUUGUGAGUGAGAGAACUGAAAAAUGGCAUUUUAUGUACAAUGGAAAGCCUCUUUACUGCAGUAGAGUGAAAAGCAGGCUGGCUUUCAGUGUGACGGUCACUAAUGUGGGGCUUUACAGCUCUUGGAACGUACAGGACACCCUUAAAAGCCAAGAAGCUUGCCUUUGCUUUGUUUACAUCAGUGCAUUAUGAUUUUGAGCCAUUAUAUCUCUUCAUAAUUGCCACUGUUUUAGGGCUUAUGACAUUUAAAGUCUUAACUUAUGUGUCAACCAGCUAAAUCUUUUCAAGUGUCUGUGUGUGGUAUGAGAAUUCGUAUUGUGUUCUCUGCUGUUUUCAGAGUUCAGUCAAAGAAAAAAAAAUGCCCCUGUCUUAAAACUUUUCCGCAGCUUCAAAUACAGUUCCCAAGCCCAGGCUGAUUGGAAUUAAUCAGUCCUCUCUUAAAAGGGCAAAAGCACAAGGCUCAGCCCUGGCUUUCCCAGCUCCUCUCGCCUGGCUGCUCCAUGCAUGUGUGAUGUAUGCUGGUGAAACGAAGCCCGCUUGAAUGGGGGCUUCGCUACUGUGUGCUGCUGAACCUGGGCCUAGCGCCUGGCAGGCUUUGGUGAAUGUUCAAAAAAUGACAAUUCAUUUCUUGUCCGCGAGAACACACCAGCUUUGAAUAUUAUACUGCUGUUCAAAUGCACAAUUUUGACUACCUAGCAAUGUCCGAAGUCGUCAUAAUUGUUAGUGUCUUGCACAUUAUGUUCCUUAUAACCGUGUAAUAAAUACAACAGGAAGUCUC